CAACAACACAAGCACAUAGGCUCCCUCGCAGCAACACAACUGGGGGGACAGAUCUGGUUCAGACUGGACACGGCUCGUCUGAAAUACCCUUUUGACUGGAUCCACUUCUUCCAAACACCUUGAACAGACAAGGAUAACAUCAGUUGGACUCUGAAUUUGCAACAAGCCCUUAAACCUGUGGAUCUCAAGCAACCAAAGGGUGGACUUCAAUUUUUUUUAGUAUCUUUUCUCACAGAGAGCUUUAUCAUCUCAUUAAAUCUAUGCCACUCAUAAGGUGGUCUUUCUGUGGUAUUUUGAACUCAGUCUGACCGUGGUGUCCCAAACACAUUUUGGCCAUGAGCUGUUUCGGUUACCGACGAGAGCUGAGUAAGUAUGAAGACGUGGACGAGGACGAGCUUUUGGCCUCCCUCAGCCCUGAGGAGUUGGCUGAGUUGGAAAAGGAGCUGGCAGACAUUGAUCCUGACGCCAACGUUCCAAUAGGACUCAGGCAGAGGGACCAGACGGACAAGACCCCGACGGGCACCUUUAGCAGAGAGGCCCUCUCAAAGUAUUGGGAAAAUGAGACACGUAGACUGCUGGAGGACGAGAUAGGUGGAGGAAGCCUGAAACCGGAUGAAGAUCAAGAGGAAGAGUGUGUGACCGAAGAAAGCAGUGGGGAAGAUGAUGAAAAAGAUGUUGAGAAUGAAAAAGAACUGAAAGAGAAUGACGAACUAAAGGAGAAGGAGGAAGAAGAGGAAGAGGAGGUGGAAGAAGAGGAGGAAGAGGAGGAGGAAAGUGAGGAUGAGGAGGAAGCUGUAACAGAGGAGGAAGAUGAGGAGGAGGUGGAGGAGGAGGAGGAGGAGGAGGAGGAAGAUAAUAAAUUAAAACCUGAACCUUUCAGGGAUUCUGAGGCGCUAGCGCCCCAAGCAAACGCCCCAAUGCUACUGAAGCCACAGAGAGUGGAGCCUAUGAGACUGACUCCGCCCCCUCCACCUGUCGACCCAAACGCCACUGGAAACCCAACAGUUGUUGACGAAGUUCUCCAACAAGCUCUAAGCAAUGACCCUGAACUCACAGAAGUUAAUCUCAACAACAUUGACGAUAUCGCACAGGGAACACUUAUUAGAUUUGCUGAAGCGUUAAGAUCCAACUCCCAUGUGAAGAUUUUUAACUUAGCAAACACCAAAGCAGAUGACCCUGUUGCUCUGGCCAUUGCUAAGAUGCUGAGGGAGAACUCGUCCAUCGUCAGUCUGAAUAUAGAGUCCAACUAUGUGACUGGAAAGGGCGUGAUGGCGCUGGUUCAAGCACUGCCAGGAAACAACACCCUGACUGAGCUUCGUUUCCACAACCAGAGACACAUGUGUGGAGGACAGGUAGAGAUGGAGAUGGUGAAGAUUCUGAGGGAAAAUCACACCUUGAUCAAGUUGGGCUACCAGUUCAACCUGCCUGGUCCCAGGAUGAGCAUGACAGGGAUCCUCACCAGGAACCAGGACCGCCAGAGACAAAAACGAAUGCAGGAGCAGAGGCAACAACAGCAGGGCCAACAGGGGGCACCAGUGGGAGCUGUUAAGCCCAGAACCAUUGCGCUGAAAGGAGCUCCUCAUUUAUCACCAUACAGCUCACCAAGGGUCUCUCCCUGGUCCUCACCCAAACUCCCCAGGAUGGACUUGGCUAAAAAACAGACCCCUCCUGUUCCACCUCCUCCUCCACCCCCACCUCCUCCUCCCCCACCUCCUCCCCCUCCACCCCCAAGGGAGAAUAAGAAGCCCACAAGGAUGAUAGCGGAGGUCAUCAGGGCCCACGAGGCGGGCAGCCAGAAGACAAAAAAGACAAAGGCUAAGAAGGGCAAGAAGGGGAAGGUGAAGGAUUCAGGGAAGGAUGAAACUAGUAGCAUCCUGAAGGAGCUGAAGAACGCUCUGAAGCCUGUGUCGGUGGAGAGAAGGGAAGGGGAGGGCAGCAGGCCGUCUACGCCAAUGAGGUCGGCCCACGACCAGCUGAUGGAGUCCAUCCGUUCCUGUAGCCUCCGCAACCUGAAACGGGUGGAGAUCCCACAUCAUCUACAAUAAUUCAAACAAGAAAAUGAGAGAUCUGUUCAUUGCCACUGAAAGCGAGAGGCGCCUUCAUAAUGAUGACAAUGAAGUGAACAUCUGUGAUGAAAGCACAAGGUGAAAACAUGUCGGGAUUGCUAAAGAAGCGAGAACUUCAUUCUUACUCAUGAAAAAGAAAAUAUGCUGGAGAUUUGCACUGCCAAAAUAGCUUUACAUUUUCAGAUUUUUAAAAGUAUUUUUGCCUUAUUCAGGUUGGUGUAUCUUUUUCAAUUUUAAAAUGAGCUGACAGAACUGUUUACUGAUACGUUUUAUAAUUCACAGUUUUUCUUGU